GUCAGUGUGUCAGAGACCGUCUGAGUGCGCGCACACUCACUGCGCCCCCUCUCACAUACCCUUUGGCACACACAGACACACUCGCCACGCGCACGCGCACCGACGCGCACACAGAUAGUGACUCGCUCUGUCGGAGCCGGGAGGAGAGGGAAGGAGAGAGCUCCUGUUUAUUUGCCUCCAACUUCUCUCUUUGCUUCUACUUGUGUCUCUCUGUCUCUUCUUAUCCACCAAUGCGAGGAUUUUAUCACUGUUCUCACUGUUAUUGUCACUGCUGUCCCGAACUAAGGAAAACCAGUUUACGGACCAGACGGGAGUAUGUAAAAUAAUCAGCACCACUGAGCUAAACAAGAAGAAAAAGACGAACAGACAUGGAUAAACGGAGUUACUCUCACGUUUUGCCUGCAGUUUUCCUCUACUUUGUACUUUGUGGAUUUACUGAUGGACAAUUCUUUCCAGGUGGCUGUACAUUUGAAGAGUCGUAUAGCAGCUGUGGGUACAGCGUCUCUCUGGGAACCAAUGGAUUUACCUGGGAACAAGUCAACUCCUGGGAAAAACCAACUAUGGACCCUGCCCUGCCUACUGGUUCAUUCAUGGUGGUGAACGCGUCGGGCCGGGCGUCGGGACAGAAGGCCCACCUGUACAUGCCCACUCUGAAGGAGAAUGACACCCACUGCAUCGACUUCCUUUACUCUCUGUCCAGCCGGGAUGGAGCCAGCCCGGGCACACUCAACGUCUAUAUCAAGGUGAAUGGAGGUGCUCAGGGUAACCCAGUAUGGAACGCCUCUGAUACUGUCACUGAAGGCUGGGUGAAGGCUGAGCUGGCCAUAUCCACAUUCUGGCCCAACUCCUAUCAGGUAAUAUUCGAAGCAGUUUCAGUCCAAGGCCAUCCAGGUUUCAUCGCCAUCGACGACAUACGAGUUUUGGCUCACCCCUGCCGUAAAGCUCCUCACUUCCUGCGUCUGCAGAACGUGGAGGUGAAUGUGGGUCAGAAUGCUACGUUUCAGUGUACUGCUGGAGGGAAAUGGUCUCAGCAUGAUAAACUCUGGCUCCAGCAGUGGAAUGGUAAGGAUACAGCGUUGAUGGUGACCAGGGUGGUGAACCACCGUCGUUUCUCUGCAACCGUCAGCGUUGGCGACACGUCACAGCGCAGCACCAGCCGCUACCGCUGUGUCAUCCGAUCAGACGGCGGGUCGGGGGUGUCCAACUAUGCCGACCUCAUUGUUAAAGCUCCACCCACCCCCAUUGCUCCGCCCGAGCUUCUCGCUGUUGGCGCCACCUACCUUUGGAUCAAACCCAACGCCAACAGCAUCAUCGGCGAUGGGCCGAUCAUCCUGAAGGAGGUGGAAUACCGGACCACCUCAGGGAACUGGGCAGAGACCCAUGUGGUCGACUCCCCCACCUAUAAGCUGUGGCAUCUAGACCCAGAUGUGGAGUACGAAAUCAAGGUCCUGCUGUCCAGACCUGGGGAGGGAGGAACAGGGCCUCCGGGGCCAUCGCUGGUCACCAGGACCAAAUGUGCAGAUCCAGUCCAUGGUCCCCAAAACGUCAAUGUGGUGGAUGUCAGAGCCCGCCAGCUGACUAUACAAUGGGAGACGUUUGGGUAUGCUGUGACACGCUGCCACAGCUACAAUCUGACGGUGCAGUACCAGUAUGUGUUCAACCAGCAGGAGUUUGCAGCAGAGGAGUUGAUCCAGACGUCAUCACAUUACACUCUGAGGGGCCUGAGGCCCUUUGUCACGGUUAGACUGCGGCUGGUCCUGGCCAACCCCGAAGGCAGCAAAGAGAGUGAAGAGAUAGUCAAACAGACAGAGGAGGAUGUGCCUGGCUCUGUGCCGAUGGAGUCUCUGCAGAAUACGCCCUACGAAGAGAAGAUCUUCAUGCAGUGGAAAGCUCCUAACGAGACCAACGGAGUCAUCACACUGUACGAGAUCACGUACAAGGCCCUGAGCUCGUUGGACCCCAGUGCAGAUCUGACAACCCAGAGGGGACGGGUGUUCAAGCUAAGGAAUGAGACCCAUCAUCUGUUUGUUGGUCUCUACCCGGGGACCACGUACUUUUUCACCCUCAAAGCCUCCACGAACAAGGGCUUCGGCCCGCCUGUCACCACCCGCAUCACCACCAAGAUAGCAGCUCCAGUGAUGCCAGAGUAUGAGUCUGAGGCUCCACUGAAUGAGACAGAGACCACCAUAACCAUCCUGCUGAAGCCUGCCCAGUCUCGUGGAGCACCUAUCAGCUCGUACCAGCUCGUUGUGAAGGAAGAGCGCAAGUCCAAGACCCGCCGCGCUGCCUCUGAAGCUCCCGAGUGUUUCUCCGCCCCUGUCAGCUUCCGCAAUGCCUCCAUCUUGGACUCGUCAUACUACAUCGCUGCUGAGCUGCCUCCAUCCAGCCUCACAGUUGUGCAGCCAUUCACAGUGGGGGACAACAAAAGCUAUGGUGGUUUCUGGAAUCCUCCGUUAUCUCCUGCCAAGAGCUACAGCAUCUACUACCAGGCUAUGAGCAGAGCCAAUGGGGAAACCAAAAUCAACUGUGUCCGCCUGGCUAACAAAGUGGUAAUAGGUAGGGGACAAAUAACAACGCCGUACAUUCUAGUCAUCCCAAGCGAAGGUGCAUCCACUCAGGACUCAGAUGCCAUGGAGCCAGAGAAGCAGGUGGACAGCACAGUGAAAAUGGCCGGAGUGAUUGCAGGAAUCCUCAUGUUCAUCAUCAUCCUCCUCGGUGUCGUCCUCACCUUCAAACGCAGAGAGAUUCACACAUGGAGAACUCUGAGCGUGGGAAGACAUGCUUAUUCCUACUCUUAUUACCUGAAGCUGGCAAAGAAGCAGAAGGAGACUGCCAGCAGCUCCACUCAGCAGAGGGAGAUGGGUCCGGUCACCACAGCUGAUAAGAGCACCACUAAAGUCAGCACCCUGCACAAAGAUGACCCCUUCUCCACCUCCAACCAGGACCUCAACGGAUUCACCUCCCCCUCUAGCUGCUCCUUCUCUGUGCAGGGAAGCAAGACGCUGCAGAGCAAAUCCCUGCUGAAUUCCUACUACUCAGUGUCCAAAGAGCCAGUUCCAGCCACAACUUCUAUAGACAGUAGCCAGCCAUCACUCGCCCAGCCCUCUCUGACCCUGCAGAGUUUUCCCUAUGGAGGCUGUGAGUCUGUGGAGCUCUCCUACCAGAGUGGUCAGUUCCAGGCGGGCCAGUUUCAGCCGGCUAUUCGAGUUGCAGACCUCCUCCAACACAUCACCCAGAUGAAAUGUGGACAGGGCUAUGGUUUCAAGGAGGAAUAUGAGGCUUUGGCAGAGGGACAGACGGCGCCCUGGGAGACGGCCAAGAAGGACGAGAAUCGCAACAAGAAUCGCUAUGGCAACAUCAUCGCUUACGACCACACCAGAGUCCGACUGCAGCUGCUGGAUGGAGACCCCCACUCUGACUACAUCAACGCCAAUUAUAUUGAUGGGUACCAUAGACCCAGACAUUACAUCGCCACACAAGGGCCCAUGCAGGAGACAGUGAGGGAUUUCUGGAGGAUGGUCUGGCAGGAAAACUCGGCCUCUAUCGUCAUGGUAACCAACCUGGUGGAGGUGGGCAGGGUGAAGUGUGUGCGUUACUGGCCUGAUGAGACAGAGGUGUAUGGAGACAUCAAGGUGACCCUGAUAGAAACCGAACCGCUGGCAGAAUACGUCAUACGGACAUUCACCGUCCAAAAGAAGGGUCAUCAUGAGAUCCGCGAACUCCGUCAGUUCCAUUUCACCAGCUGGCCUGACCACGGCGUUCCCUGUUACGCCACCGGACUGCUGGGCUUCAUUCGACAGGUCAAGUUCCUCAACCCACCAGAUGCCGGGCCCAUAGUGGCACACUGCAGUGCCGGAGCAGGGAGGACGGGCUGCUUCAUCGCAGUGGACAUCAUGUUGGACAUGGCAGAGAAUGAAGGAGUGGUGGACAUUUUCAACUGCAUCCGAGAGCUGAGAUCACAACGAGUCAACAUGGUGCAGACAGAGGAGCAGUAUGUGUUUGUUCACGAUGCCAUCUUGGAGGCGUGUCUAUGUGGGAACACAGCCAUACCAGUGUGUGAGUUCAGAGCCAUUUACUACAACAUCAGCAGACUGGACCCACAGACCAACUCCAGCCAGAUUAAAGACGAGUUCCAGACUCUGAACAUAGUGACCCCCAGAGUCCGUCCAGAGGACUGCAGCGUGGGUUUGCUACCCAGGAACCAUGACAAGAACCGCAGUAUGGACGUUCUGUCAGCAGACCGAUGCCUGCCUUUCCUCAUAUCUGUGGAUGGAGAGAGCUCCAAUUACAUCAAUGCUGCAUUAAUGGAUAGCCACAAACAGCCUGCGGCCUUCAUUGUUACCCAGCAUCCUUUGCCAAACACCAUGGGCGAUUUCUGGAGGCUGGUGUUCGACUACAACUGCUCUUCCAUUGUAAUGCUCAAUGAGAUGGAUGCAGCGCAGUUAUGUAUGCAGUACUGGCCAGAGAAGAGUUCAUGUUGCUACGGUCCCAUCCAAGUGGAGUUCAUAUCGGCAGAUAUUGAUGAAGACAUCAUCAACCGAAUCUUUAGGAUCUGCAACAUGGCCAGGCCACAAGACGGUUACCGCCUGGUGCAGCACUUCCAGUUCAUUGGCUGGCCCGCCUACAGGGACACACCUCUCUCCAAACGCUCCAUCCUCCAGUUGGUCAGGAGGCUGGCUAAGUGGCAGGAGCAGUAUGACGGAGGAGAUGGGAGGACUGUUGUACACUGCCUUACUGGCGGAGGGCGUUCUGGAACGUUCUGUGCCAUCUGCAGCAUCAAUGAGAUGAUCCAGCAGCAGAACAUUGUGGAUGUUUUCCACACUGUCAAAACACUGAGGAACAACAAGACAAAUAUGGUGGAGACUAUGGAACAGUACAAGUUCUGCUAUGAAGUGGCUCUGGAGGCACUCAGCUCCUUCUGAUUGGCUGUGGGUCAAAAUUCUCUUUUCUGAUUUGCCGUUGAUGCUGCCUGUCAUUCUCAAC